AACAAGGAUGGGGGAGAGGCAGUGUUUGGCUUUGUUGCAUGUUUGGACUCAAGCUGUGAAUGGGAAUAAUAGCCUCUGGCCACCCCUGAUUCCAUAUCCACCAAGUGUGAAGACAAAAAAAAGCAAAAAGCAGAAGUUGAGAGAGAACAGACGAGACAAGGAAAAAAACUUUUGAGAGACAGAGGGAGAGAGGGAGAGGGAGAGGGAGAGGGAGAGAGCAGAGCUCUCUAUCUCACAAACCAUAUUCCUCAGAGGGGAAAGGACACCGAGACAGUAACGACAAAAACUACUCCCACGCAUUGUCGACAACGUUGCAAUGGAGAAGUCCUUCAAGAAACAGAGCUUUAAUUGAACCAAUUGACUCUUUCAGUAACGUAUCUUGGUAAAAUCCAAAAAACAGAGCGAUUUUAGAGGGGAGACAGCGGGCGCGGUGGGGAGGAGAUCAGAGAAAUUGUUUGGGGAAAUUUUUGAAAUUUUCAUGGGGCUUCAUAUGGGUUUUUGAUCAAUUACAAAACCCAGCGAGGAAUUGGUUUGCUGUUGAUGUGGUUGAUGGUGCUCAGCAGGAGGGAGCACUGAGCUUUGUCCUGUUGUUGCCGAUCGCAAGCUCUCUCUUUCUUUAACCUGUUCUGCGCUUCUGUUACUUUGAAAGAAUUGUUCUUCCUUCUCUGCAGUUUUAGCUGAAAAGUUUCUGAAUUGCCAAACUUUGUAGUUUCAUUACCAUGCUCCAUGAUGUUCUAACAAGCUCUCUGAGUUGUCUCUAGCUGGUUUAAUGGCACCAGCGUUUCAAGACGAGGGAUCCUCGUCUGUGACUUCAUCCCCUCUUCAAUUUUUCUCAAUGAUGUCACUCUCACCGAGCUUAGGAUCACCAUAUCCAUGGCUUAGAGAGCUAAAAUCUGAGGAGAGGGGUUUGUAUUUAAUCCAUCUAUUGCUCACCUGUGCAAAUCAAGUAGCAGCCGGUAGCCUUGAAAAUGCAAAUAUCAGCCUUGAACAAAUCUCCCAACUCGCCUCUCCUGAAGGGGAUACAAUGCAGCGAAUUGCUGCGUAUUUUACCGCGGCACUUGCUGAUCGGGUCCUCAAAACCUGGCCUGGUCUCCACAAGGCCCUUAAUUCCACCAAGAUAUCUUUGGUUUCCGAAGAGAUUCUUGUUCGGAAGCUGUUUUUUGAGCUUUGUCCAUUCUUGAAGCUGGCUUUUGUGAUGACAAAUCAAGCUAUUAUCGAAUCCAUGGAAGGGGAGAAGAUGAUUCAUAUAAUUGAUCUUAAUUCAGCUGAACCUGCACAGUGGAUAGCUCUUCUUCAAGUCCUGAGUGCACGGCCAGAGGGGCCGCCGCAUAUGAGAAUUACAGGGAUUCAUCCACAGAAGGAGGUCUUGGAGCAAAUGGCUCAUAGGUUGACUGAAGAAGCUGAAAAAUUGGACAUCCCAUUUCAGUUCAAUCCCAUAGUUAGCAGACUGGAGAAUCUUGAUGUUGAGAAGCUGCGUGUUAAAACCGGGGAGGCUCUAGCAAUCAGCUCAGUUCUGCAACUGCAUUCCCUUUUAGCCUCUGAGGAUGAGCUCCGUCAGAAAAGAUCCCCUCUAGCAUCAAAGAAUGCAAAUGGGGUUCACUUGCAUAGAGUCCUACAAAUGAACCAAAACACAUUAGGCGAGUUUAUUGAGAAAGAUCGGGGUAAUGGGAAUAGUGCGAGCGCUGACUCGACUUUGUCAUCUCCCCCAGCUUCAUCUAUUUCGACGAAGAUGGAUAGUUUUCUUAGUGCUCUUUGGGGAUUAUCACCAAAGCUCAUGGUGGUGACGGAGCAAGAUUCUAACCAUAAUGGAUCAGCUCUGAUGGAGAGACUGCUGGAAGCUUUGUAUUUUUAUGCUGCACUGUUCGAUUGUUUGGAAUCUACCUUGUCAAGAACUUCCAUGGAGCGGUUGAAGGUUGAGAAGAUGCUAUAUGGAGAGGAAAUCAAGAACAUUAUUGCAUGUGAAGGAGCCGAGAGAAAGGAAAGACAUGAAAAACUGGACAAGUGGAUUCAGAGGCUUGAUAUAGCCGGGUUUGGAAACGUGCCUUUGAGCUAUUACUCUAUGUUGCAAGCAAGGCAAUUGUUGCAGAGUUACGGUUGCAAUGGAUAUAAAAUCAAGGAAGAGAACGGCUGUGUGGUGAUCUGUUGGCAAGAUCGAGCCUUAUUUUCAGUAUCAGGUUGGAAGUGUAGGAAGUGAGAUUAAAUGUACUGGUCACUCUUUGGGAUUGCCCCUCAUUAUUCUUUGUAUGGAGAAAGUUGUUCAUCUGCAAAAUGAUUACCGCUGGAAAGAAUCAGUGGUACUCUUUUUUUGACAUUUGCUCUUGAUUGCUUGUGAAACCCUACCCUUGGCUUCCUUUUACUGUGCUUGGGUUUGUCCAGAUGUUUUCGUAUUUCCAGUAUUCUUAAUUCUGUGUGUAUGGCCUGAAAUUAAAUCCAUAUUACAAUGUAAUGCAGUAGCAACUGCAGCAACCGUCAUCACACAGUGAAAAUAAUUUUGUUUCUGGGAAA